UAAGCAAACUUCAGCUUGGUAUCGUGGAUUGUUUUUUAUCGGCUGCAACCUACAUUCAUAAGACAAACUAGAUCGUGCGCAUUCAAGUAUUAUCGGAAAUGUUAAGUUGUAUCUUUUGUUUAUAUAUUUCACGAAGUCAUUGUUAGUGUUCAGUAAAGAAAAAAAACAAAUCUAAAAAAAGUUUACAAAGUAACUCCACAGUAACGCACAAUCGCGGCGUUAAAGGGACGAAACCUCAUUAAUACGGCGGUGGCGUCUUAUAAAAUACAUAAAAGAGAUUGUAAUUCCGAGUUUAAUGGCAUAUCGAAAAUAUAGGCUACUGUUCUUGAGCUUUCACACAUUCUGGCUAUGUGCAUUUCCGACUGAGCGAGGGAGCGCCUAAACGUCAGCCCACUUGGGGAGGGCACUAUUACUCAAAAUGCUAUGAAUGUGACCGCCAAUGGUCCAGACCGCCUGCGUGGAGAAGGUGAAAGCAAAAGCCAUGGACGAUUAAUGAAGAGGAUGAAAUCGAAGGGGACGCGUCCGCAAUGCUAGACUGACACUGGAGAGAAAAAGCGCAACUAGGGAGAUCACUCUUAUGCGUGGCUGGGUCACAUUGUGCCAAACGUCGAGAAACACAGGGGAUAGAGAGCUGCUGUGAGACGCACCGUGGUACCAAAAGCGUUACCCGUGGGGGGGGGGGAGUAAAAAUGACAAUUGUAUCUUCAGAAAACCUGGAUGAGACUGUGGCCCUUGCAGCCCUGUCUCAAGAUGUCUUUAAUCCGGAGCGCAUGGACCAGGAAUGCUGCGAAAGGGUGGUCAUCAACAUCUCCGGGCUGCGCUUUGAAACUCAGCUCAAAACACUCGCACAGUUUCCAUCAACACUGCUGGGUGACCCAAGAAAAAGGAUGCGAUUCUUUGACCCUUUGAGAAACGAGUACUUCUUUGACAGAAAUCGACCCAGUUUUGAUGCCAUCCUUUAUUACUACCAGUCUGGGGGGAAGCUCCGGAGACCCGCUAACGUACCUAUGGACAUAUUUAUGGAGGAGAUAAAAUUUUACGAUCUGGGCGAAGACGUGAUUGAAAAAUUCAAAAACGACGAAGGUUUCAUAAAGGAGGAAGAGCGCCCGCUGCCAGAAAACGAGUUUCAGCGCCAGGUCUGGCUUUUGUUCGAAUACCCCGAGAGCUCAGGACCAGCCAGAGGAAUAGCAAUAGUUUCUGUCGUGGUCAUUUUGAUAUCCAUUGUUAUUUUCUGCAUGGAGACCUUGCCGGAGUUUCGGGAUGCGCAUGCAUUUCCCGAGGAUCACUUUUCUGUCAAUGGAACUUUACGAAUAGAAAAACCAAAUCCAUUCACCGAUCCAUUCUUUAUCGUGGAGACCUUAUGCAUCAUCUGGUUUUCAUUUGAGCUGAUGGUGAGGUUUUUUGCGUCUCCCAGUAAAACCGCCUUCUUUAAAAACAUCAUGAACACCAUCGAUAUUGUGGCAAUCAUCCCCUAUUUUAUCACGCUGGGGCUGGAGCUGGCGGAGAGCCAAGGCAAUGGUCAGCAAGCAAUGUCGCUGGCUAUUCUGAGAGUCAUCCGCCUGGUGCGAGUCUUCCGGAUUUUCAAACUGUCUCGACACUCGAAGGGUCUCCAGAUAUUGGGGAAGACGCUCCAGGCGAGCAUGAGGGAGCUCGGUCUUUUAAUAUUCUUCCUUUUCAUCGGCGUUAUUUUAUUCUCCAGUGCAGUGUACUUCGCUGAGACCGAUGACCCACAGUCUUCAUUCAGCAGUAUCCCCGAUGCGUUUUGGUGGGCAGUAGUAUCAAUGACGACCGUGGGCUAUGGAGACAUGUGCCCUGUCACUGUUGGGGGCAAGAUCGUCGGAUCAUUAUGUGCCAUUGCCGGUGUGCUUACUAUUGCGCUGCCCGUCCCUGUCAUUGUCUCAAAUUUCAACUACUUCUACCACAGGGAGACAGAACAUGAGGAACAGUCACAAUAUACUCAUGUUACAUGUGGUCAACCGCAGCCUACAUUUGGGGAUGUCAAGAAGUCUGACAGCAAGCCUUCCCUCACAAAGUCUGACUUAAUGGAGGCGGAAGACCUGGAUUCAUUGAAAUACAUCAAUUAUAGCCCGCAAAAACCGUACACGGGCAAGUUCACCGACGUAUGAUGCGUGACCGCAUUUCAUGGACUUCAGAAACGUGCGUGAAGUGGGUUUGUGCGCCUACACCUCAUUUUGGCUACUAAAUGUUUACAACCUUUUUUCGACGUUUGAUGCUAACUCAUUUAUAACUGCAGGAUUUUCCAUAAAAAUAAUUGACAAAGGGACGGAAUUUGUAAAUUUGCGCGUUUCAUCCACGUGUCUUCCAGUUUGUGCACCUAUUAUAACGUAAAGUUGCAUUCGGCUCGCUUACGAGCAUUAAAACAACCAUUUUUAUUAUAUGCUCCAUCUUCAGUAGCACUUUAUUUCUUAUUAAUUAAUAUCUAUGGCGUUCAUUACAAUAAGUUUACAUUUAAUUUAAGGAGUAAGAACAUUGGACCAACUAUUUUUAAUUACUGAAGCAAAUGUAUUCUUCUAUUACAAGUCUAUAGGGUAUGUCUCUGGGCAGUGCAAUAAUAAUAAUAAUAAUAAUAAUAAUAAUAAUAAUAAUAAUAAUAAUAAUAAUAUGCAAGGCCAAUCGGAGAGUUUGAACUCUGGCAGUCUAGACAUCGAUUUGCGUAAUUUAUUUUCCAUUGAGGUCACAAUGAGCAAUAUACAAUUAGCCUGUUCUAUUAAUAUAGAAAUAGCCAGGUUAGGAACCCAUGUUCUACGUAAAUAACUGUCAUUAAGAUGUCUGACAUAGGCCUGCCACGAAAGAAUACGAUCGCUCGUUCCAAAAAUUUACAUCUAAAUUAAUAUUUCGUGUAAAAAGUAAUUGUAUGCACUUUGAACUGACCUAUAUGUUACUUUUAAUCCCGAUGACAUCAAACCAAAAUAUUAGUGGUAAGUCCGUCCUUCAACGUCGCUAAAAUUAGUCGACACACCCUUUGGUACAAUAAAGCGGCUAUUCUCAUUGUAUAAAUAAAUUUCAUUACGUACGAACCCGUUCGAUUUAUAUGAAUGCGACAAGUAAUCCAUGUAUUGGUAUGCAUACGCUCGCAUGUUUGAUUAUAAUAUAGUAUACAGAUUAGGGCGCCACCACGUGGACGAAAAUUUACUUUGCCGCAGAGUCUUUUGAUACAGCAAUGUUUCUAUAGCAACCUUCCAGACAGUCUUAUGCCUGUGUCAUAAUAGAAAGUGGUAUUAUAAUCUUGGUGACUUUUUCUUUCUUUUUUUGCUUUUUUUUUACUUUUUGGGUGUUUGACACCGACUUGCGAUGAUCUAAGCGAUAAUACAAUGGGCAAUUUCAGCACUAAAUAUUCUUGUUCAAUUAAUAUUAAAAACAAGAAAGCAGAGAAAUUAAGGAAACACAAGCAAGUGAACUGUGAAUUAAAGCAUGACAACAACAAUGAAGACUGAACAACUAAAAUCAAAUGAAGAUUGAACAGCUAAAAUCAAAUAAUUAAAAUAAAUGACUAUGGAAAAAACAGCAAUAUCUACAUGGAUGAUGUGACUUUGGAAAUGGGCAACAAGACAGAAAUUUGCAUUCAAAAUAGACUUAUAUGAAUGAUAUAUAUCAACUCGGAAAUGAAAUACAUAUGUUCCUAGAAGUCAACAAAAACAUCCCCCGAUUUUCCACAUCUUAAAUAAAAUGGAACUACUGGAAAACCAAUGGCGACCACGUUUAUACAUCGAAGUGCCGUGACUUUAUAAAGACUUACUUAACUGCAGAAAUUAGCCUGCACAAAACAAUCGACGCAACUGAAGCAAAUAAAAAGGGAAUCUCGAUGUACACACAGCAAGAAGACUCCGCAACCAUCUUAUUCCCAGGUCGCAGAUCACACUGAAGCGAAGCCUCACUUUGAUUCCUUCACAUGGCAUAGAACCGUCCAGACGUGAAGAAUGUCGGGCGUCGACUCUGAGCUACGGGGGACCUGCUUCUUAAGAGGAAUACGCAGAGCGAAGGGAUAAACGCUUCGAAAAUCCAUCACAGAAAAACUGAACACUGGAAAUCGCUCCCAUGGAUGUCUACCACAUGUUCUCUGCUUUACACUGAGCAUUAUCCUGCCCACACAGCAGCGGAUAACGUCCUGUUUUACAUCUACCAGGUGCAAGCUUCAGCGUUAAGUGUUUCUCGAAUCACCAGUCAUUCACAUCCAACUUGCUUAAUAUAGAACUUUAAAACAUUCGAUAUGGAGCUGUCUAAAAAAACCUCCUGUCAUAAUACAAACAUAUUUGUGGUCCUGUAAGAAUUUCCUGUAAAGGACAUGAACAUUGCAUAUCUGUUCCUGAACCAAAACUGCAUAUUUGCAUGCUAGCAAAUCAUUGAAAACCUUUGCUCUAAAGUAUACAGCUCUUUGGUGUCAGUGUGUUACCACGAGGAAGCAACUGCACAACAACACUGUUCAAAAGAAUGAGCUCAACAAUAUUAAAUCUUUAUUUUUUAUAUAUUAUAUAUUUCAUGUAUUUGUAUGAUAGCAUUACAUAAAUGGGUGAAUUUUUUUGUAGACUUGUAUGAUGCUACACGAUUGCCUUGAAAAAAACUACAUUUUGCGGGAGGGUUUGACUUAAGUUACAAUCCCUUCCUGCUGAUACGUAUCGGAAUCUUAGUGCAUAUAAUUAAGGGUAACAAAUUCACUGCAGGUCUUUGUUGUUUCAUGUUUAUGGUUAUUUUUAACGCUCCUUGUUUUCUUCUAAAUCAGAAUGCUGUAUCACUUUUUGAAAACAUCUACCUCAUGUUCAAAUGUUUAACUUUUUACGAGUGGUCAAACACCAUGCUUAUGGGUCAAUGUUAUAUUACAUUACAGAAUCCAUUGUGAGAUAUGCUUUAAGUGUCCCGUAAGCCAUAAAAUAGUCGUGUUAAUCUUAAUUCCAUUUAUCUGUUGUGGAAUGCUGUUACGUUAUAUAGCCAUACCAAAGUUUUGAGUUCAAGGUAGGCAGUGGAAAGCUGAUUGUGAACUAUGGGUGAUGGACCAUGGACAGAUCAUGGACUAUCAGCAGAACCUGGAGACUCAAAAUAGCUGUUUUAGUGGUGUUAAGACUUCAUAGACAAUUGAUCUAUAAUAUGUGAUCCUUUGCUCUAGCUACUCAUAGGUCUGUGCCAUACAAUUCCAGUCUUUCAAAGUGAUGACUGUACAUAUCAUGUCUCAACAAGUGAUUCUGUCUCAACCAAUGAGUCAGACUACGAACAUAAAUCUAGCUUCACAUCCCUCCCAAGUACUGUAAAUGUGUAAAUUAACACAAUUUAUAGAAUAUUUUCUUUGAGAAACUUAUAAGAAAAGCAAUACUAAAAGGUAAACAGUAUUUUUGAAUAUUGUACUUUAACUGUACAUUAUGCUUGUACUCUGUUGACAUUUUUCCAUAAAAGAUUAUACUUUUCUUGAAUUGUACAACUAUAAUGAAAUAUUAGCUUUUGGUGUGACAGCUACUGUAUUGCAUAAAGCAGUGGAUCCAGUGAGUUACCAGAGGAAAAAGUAUAUUUUUAAGACUGUUGCCACUCCAGUCUUCCUGUACCCCACUGAGAGUGACUUCAUGUAGAAAAUGAUGCCAUCGUUAAACAGGAACCACUGGAAGAUCUAGUCUCUCCGCUUCCACAGUUUAAGUUCCGUUAUCCGCACGAAUGGCUGAAAGCCACUGGGUCGCCCCUGCAGCUCCGCUUUUGAAGCCAUUGAAUCACAGAAGUGCUUAUAAAACAAUGACAAUGACCUGUGUUUUAUAAGCAGCAUCCACACAAUGGAGGCUAAGAGCCGCCUUCCGAGAACAGAAUGUGUCAAGAACAAUAUGUUUCAAUUAAAUUAUGCAUGAUUUAAUGAUUUAAUGCUGCAGCAGGUUACAUAAUACAGGCAAGCAAAUCCUACUUUAGCAUAAUGAGAUUUUGCUUAAGGCCAACUAGCUAAUGACCAAGGUGCAGCUAAAAAGCAGGUAUCUCUGGCACUUAUAGAGCACAGUUUUGAUUUCAAGGGAAAUUAUCAAGACAGAUUUUGUAACCUUGUGGUAAACUGUUGGCAAUGGCAGCAAAGGUCAUUUUGGGGUCGGGGUGGUGGGGGUGGUGGGGGUGGUGGGGGUGGUGGUCACACACGAAAGACUUGAAUUAGCCUUAGGCUUAUCGAUUUUUGUUGGUGGGUCUCUGGGGUAAAACUGUAACACAUUAAGGCAAGGUGAAAUACAGCAAUAGGACAAAAAACAAAUAAAGGGGCCACUCCUUACACAGAGCUGUGGAAUAGGAACCACUAUGAUAAAACACCAUAAGAAUUACAAAAAAAGAAAGAAAGAAAAAUAUUUUAUAUAGGCCUAAUUAUGUUGUUCUGUGUUGUUUAAUUUCACCUGUGGACUAUGAAUUCUGACUCAUUCAAUAAAACAAUGCUUUCUA